AUGCCUCGUAAUCACUGUUUCCAAGAGCACAAACUACAAAAUGGGCAGAGUUCACAAGACACAAUAACUGCUCAAUUGGAUGAGAUGAUAAACAAUUUCAAAACAUGGGGCGAAGAAAACGUAAAAAAGAGUAAGCUAGACGGCAAACCCCUUCCUAAAGUAUUAAUUUUAUAUGAUGAUGUUUCUAAAUUCUUAAAAAAUAAGAUGAAAGGAUUUGGGGAUAUCAGUAGACAUUUUAAUAUGUGGAAUAUGUUUUUGGUUCAUAGAACAACAUAUCUUGAUGCUGAUACUAGAGGAUCGUGUAGAGUUUGGAUUUUCUUAUCUGAGGUAGAUAAAAACAUAGAUCCAUUUGUAUCCAAGUAUGUCGAUAACAAUAAUUUCGAUGAAUGUGUGUUAAUAUAUGAUACAACAGCACAUGGUAGUAAAAAUGAACAGAUUUCUUAUUUAAGAAAAUCUGACAUAAAAUUAAACUAUAAUUCUGAUAUUGUUUUAAACAAAACAUCGGGAAUUGAUAAAGAAAUCGCAGCUAACUUUUUCUGUAAUCCUGAGGCCAUCGACACUACUGGGUUUAGUGAAGAAGAUUUUGCAAGAUGGAAAGUAUUUCUAGCACACUUCAAAGCACUUAAUCUUAAAAUUAAACUAAAAGAUCUUCUUCAACGACCUGAUGAGAAAUCUUCGAUUCCAAUAGAACGGAAGACAUUAGUAGAACGCGAAAAACCAUUUGAUAGUCGGAUGAAUUUCAUAAGACCUAAUGUGAAGUUUUCGAUUCCAGAAGAAGAAGCUUCAACUUCAAGUGAAGAAAAAAUAUAUGCUGAUUCUCCAUCAGAAUGCGAGUCUGAAACAGAUAGUCGUUCUUCAGUUGAAUCGAUAAGUGAAAUAUUGAGUAGGAUUUACAACUAA